AGUAAACUUGGUUAAUAAGGGACAUGUGCUUGGUGUGAAACCCAGGACAGAAACCAAACAGAUCAGACUGUGAUCCCAGGAGAACUUGAGAAUCUUGUCUUCUACUUCCUGCCUCAACACAACGACGACUUGGUCAGAGCAUCUCCAAAACUCUUGUGGGAUGUUCCUGGUCUGCAGUGGUCCAUAUCUAUCAAAAGAGGUCCAAGGAAGGAACAGUGGUGAACCGGGGACAGAGUCAUGGAUGGCCAAGACUCAUUGAUGCAAUUGGAGCAAAGGCUGGCCUGCGUGGACUGAUCCAACGAACGAGCUCCUGUGGCUCAAAUUGCUGGACAAGUUAAUGCUUUUAAUGAUCGACAGGUCAGGACUGUUUUGGCAGCAAAAGGGAGACCAACACAAUAUUAGCCUAGGAUCGGGGACAUGAUCUUCAUCCUCUAUCUAGGCUUUCUAAUCACUUUUGGCUUGACUGAAUCUUCUGAACACCACACCCGAGCAGAACAUAACCUGAAUCUGGAAUGCAUCAACGAUUACCUCUCAGAGAUUAUGUGCAUUUUGACCCCGGUUCAACUUGACAGUUGCCCUGAAUACAGUCUCAAUGCCUCUAGAGAUAAUCUUUUGUUCACAUGUGAUUUCAAGCAGCUAAACUCCAAUGCGUGUGAAUGUUUAUUAAAUGUUUCCUUUGGAUUUCUUGUCAAUGAGGACUUCAAGGUUAAAGUGCUGAAAAAUAAAAACGUGCUGUUCACUGAAAUUAUCUCUACUACAGAAAGUGUUAAGCCCAAAAAGCCAUUUAUUGUGGCAGUCAAUCAGACACAGGAUGGAAACUUUCACAUUGUAUGGGACACCGAAUAUAAGACCAAGAAUACCGUAUUCAACAGUGAACUGUUUUCAGAGCUCACUUACUAUGUCGAAGGAAACAAAGAAAGCAGAAAAAAUGUGACACUGAAUAAAGGUCAGAAGGAUUAUUGGCUUGUAGGCCGAAACCUUGAGUCCAAUUCCAACUAUACUGUGAGAGCAAGAAUAAAAUCUAACCUAAACUUAAUAUUCAGUGACUACAGUGAUCCAUAUUGGUUUACCACCCCCCCAUCUCCAAAUAACAAUCUCAAGAUAAUAAUUCCCAUCGUAUGUGUAAUUCUGAUCAUCUGCAUAUUCACCAUGUACUACUGUUACGACAAACUCCUCGAAGUGUGGUGGGAAAAGAUUCCUACCCCAACAAUUACCACUAAUUUUGUAAAACAGGUCCCAAACUUGAUGUCAUUUCAAAACGACUUUUCACCUGUUCAUCUUGACUCGUCAAAAGUGGUCCAACCUGGGGACAAGACAUGGCUGGGAUCUUCUUUGGUGGAUGUUAGAGGUGAAAAUAGCCUCAAUAGCCUUGGUAAAGAUGGCAGUUUAUCUGAAGUGGUGUACGACCAGACAGUUAAUGAGAGUGUAGAAGACAAUAAUGCUCACUGGGAGCUUGUGCAAGAAUCUCAGCCAACAAACCUUCGUCAAACAAACCUGAUGUCCACCAAAUAUUUAAAAAACAUGAAACCAAACAGUGACGACAUCCAACGGGAACGUGGGAAUAGUUUUCGUUUCACUAACAAAUUCUAUAUGUUCUCUGGCUCUGACGAGCUUCCCAAACCUACUAUGGGCUUUUUCGAUGACCGUAAUAAGAAGGAGCAUGUGUUUUCUGUCGGCCCAUGCACUGGUUGUUUAGGAUCUAAAAACACCAGCAUUCAAGAUUGUGCGCCAACAGACCAAGCAUUUAUUAGCAUCCCGAAUAACGUUAAUCUGAUCAUGGAAAAGCAAAUGUGCAGCCCACAGAAUAUUUCCUGUGAAACCGGCAUCAUCGAAGUGGAGAACGGAUAUAAAGAUUUUCAGAGCUUACUCCGAAAUUCAGAAGAACAGCAGAGCCUUGCCUGUGAACUCGAGCUAAAACAUCUUUGUGGCCCAGUUUUGCAUACUCCUCCAGGUAUUCAGAUUGACUCUUCCUAUCACAGGGUUUGAAUUCACAACUCAGUCUGCAUCAUUUUCUCAUAAUGAAAGAUUUUGAAUGUAUUCACCAUUAAGCAGUUAACUUGUGCUUAAAAAGUGUGUUCUUACAAACUAUGGCAAUAUGAAUGAUAUACAUUUACUCUGAUUGUUACAAUAUAUUACAAUGCUUUUUACUAACUUUGGCACAAGCCUCAGGAAAUGCAGCUAUUUGCAUGAAUAAAACGAAUAACUCUACAACAAUGUAAAACAAAAUGCAGAAGUAUUAGAAAAGCAGAAGUAUGGGUAACAGAAUGUUGUUUUUAUUAUGUCAGUAUCUUAUCUGAUGGGCAGUAACACAAGAUAGGUUGGAAAAAAAAACCUUAUAAAAUAAUAAUUCUUCGUUAGACAUGAGAAACUUUAGUGAUGUUCAGGAAAAAGAAAGAAGCGCUUUGUUGUCGUGUAAAAUUACAGAACUUACUGAAAGAAAGUGUAAAGCAAACUGCCUGACCACUUCCUUUGUGUUUCUCACUUGAAAAUAGCAAUCUUCAAUCAUCUACCUUUAACUUGAGAAUGUGAACAGGGAUAAGAAAGCACACAUGAGCCUGUAAGACUAUUUUGUAUGGAUAAACAACCACAGAGCAAAAAUUCCAGUUAAAUAUAGUCAAAUAAACAACUAUUAAAAUUAUUUGUUAACUGGAACCCAUGAACAGAAAAAAAAAAUUAAUUGCAUGCAUUAUGGAAAUAUUCUGCAUCGUGGAAUGUUUCAUAGGUGUUUUUGCCUCUGAAAAGACCUGAUCAAACUAGUCUAUGCUGUUCCUCUGAAUAAAUGUGAAGUUACCUUGUUAAGGAAAGGCCUAGGUUGACCUGUAUUAAAGUGUAACUAUGGGGAAAUCUUUUGGAGAUUAUAUAAAUGUACACUAUAGAAAACAUGUAGUUUUUAAAUAUUCAGUUUCUUUCAGGCUUACUUUUCAUUGCACAGUUCCCAAUGCUUCUACUUAGCCUGAAGUUUAACUUAAAUCUAAGGGUCGUGUAAAAGAACAAGGCUUGCUAUGAUUUGUUUAAUGCCACCACCACUGAGAACAAGAGAGGGACAUAUUAGGAAACUAACUGAAAAAUAACAACUGGUUUAUUUAAAGAUCAAAACACGUCAAGCAGGGCACUGACAUAAAGAAGUACAAGACUGUGGGGACAGAUUACUGAAUGACAUCAUAAACAAACAAACAGUAUGGAGCUGGAAUAAGCCUGAGAAAAUGACUAAUGGAAAUCUAAAUUGCUCAGCUUCAAAUCAUCAUCUGCAACAAGUUACUUUGACUAUAUAUAUAUAUAUAUAUAUAUAUAUAUAUAUAUAUAUAUAUAUAUAUAUAUAUAUAUAUAACAAUGACAGAACAUUUAUGGAAUUA